AUGUACUAUGUUUUAUACCUUGCGAGUCUCUGCCGACGCCGUCGCUGGCCGGAGCCCCAGUUCGAGGCCUAUGAAGGUCCUACCGGGUAUACCUGCAUUGUUCGCGUCAACAAUCGGGAAUACCAGACGGACACUGUUUACCAAAACGAAACCCUGGCUCGAGAGAAUGCAGCAAUGCGAGCAUACCUCAUCUGUCGGAAUUUCUCCGUCAACGAUGGCAUGUAUCCAGCUGGACAUGACCACGGAGGAAUCGUCCAGGGAAUGCCUGUGGCGAUAGGUACUGGACGAAAGGCCCGCUAUGAUGAUACCGAUACAUCGACCAGUGGAGGAAGCAGAAGCGGAGGGAGCAGUCCCGAAAGCUACGAGGGAGGACGAUUCGUUCAGGACAGACCCGCUGUGCCCUCGAGGGCCCUCGCAUUCAGCAGCCGUGGAAUGUAG